GCGGCCGCGGCCGGAAGGGGCGGUGCUGCCGGCCGGGCUCUCGCCGUGCGGGCGCGGAAUGGCCGCCGCCGUGUAGCGGGAGCGCCGCCGCCAUGGGCCGCGAGUCCAGGCAUUAUCGGAAGCGCUCUGCAUCCCGGGGCCGCUCCGGGAGCCGUUCCAGGAGUCGCUCCCCAUCAGACAAGAGGAAACGUGAGGACAGGCGCUCCAGGAGCCGGGAUCGGGAUCGCAGACGGGAGAGGUCACGCAGCAGGGACAAGAGAAGGUCUCGCUCACGGGACAGAAAGCGUCAAAGACGUUCAAGGAGUAGAGAAAGGGAACGGAGCCGAGAGAGAAGACGAUCCCGGAGCCGAGAGAGGAGGCGUUCCAGGAGCAGGAGUAGAGGGAGACGGUCUCGAUCCUCCAGUCCAAGCAAGAACAGGAAAACAGAAAACAGAUCAAGAUCUAAAGAAAAGACAGAAGGUGUGGAGGUUUCCAAAGAAAAGAAAAAAGACAAAGAUGACAAGGAGGAAGAGAAGGAUAAAGAUGCUACUACAAAUGCUGUGGCCACUGAGAAUUUUGAUCAGAACAAACUAGAAGAAGAAAUGAGAAAACGAAAAGAAAGAGUGGAGAAAUGGAGGGAAGAACAACGGAAGAAGGCAAUGGAAAACAUAGGAGAGCUAAAAAAAGAAAUUGAAGAGAUGAAACAGGGGAAAAAAUGGAGUUUAGAAGAUGAUGAUGAUGAUGAAGAGGAAACUGCAGAAGGAGAAAAAGAAGGCAAUGAGGUUGAAGAUGAGGAGUUAGAUCCUUUAGAUGCUUAUAUGGAAGAAGUAAAAGAAGAGGUCAAGAAGUUCAAUAUGAGAAGUGUGAAAGGUGGAGGUGGGAGUGAAAAGAAAACUGGACCAACUGUUACCAAGGUGGUAACUGUGGUGACAACCAAAAAGGCAGCUGCUGAGUCAGAAAAGAAGAAAGGGGAGCUCAUGGAGAAUGACCAAGAUGCAAUGGAGUAUUCCUCAGAAGAGGAGGAAGUUGAUCUUCAGACUGCCCUGACUGGCUAUCAGACCAAGCAGAGAAAGCUGCUAGAACCAGUGGAUCAUGGAAAGAUAGAAUAUGAACCUUUCAGGAAAAACUUCUAUGUUGAAGUACCAGAACUAGCUAAAAUGACUCAAGAAGAGGUAAAUGUGUACAGGCUGGAGCUGGAGGGAAUUACAGUCAAGGGAAAAGGCUGCCCCAAACCAAUAAAAACCUGGGUACAAUGUGGUAUUUCCAUGAAGAUUCUCACUGCCCUCAAAAAACAUGGUUAUGAAAAGCCCACUCCGAUUCAAACCCAGGCUAUCCCAGCAAUUAUGAAUGGACGGGAUUUGAUUGGCAUUGCCAAAACAGGAAGUGGCAAAACUAUUGCAUUUCUAUUGCCAAUGUUCAGACACAUUAUGGAUCAGAGAGCAUUAGAAGAAGGAGAAGGUCCCAUAGCUGUCAUUAUGACACCUACACGUGAGUUGGCUUUGCAGAUUACCAAGGAGUGCAAGAAAUUCUCAAAGACACUUGGGCUUCGAGUUGUCUGUGUUUAUGGAGGAACAGGAAUCAGUGAACAGAUAGCUGAACUCAAAAGAGGUGCUGAAAUUAUUGUUUGCACACCUGGACGUAUGAUUGACAUGUUAGCAGCUAACAAUGGUCGGGUGACAAACCUCCGUAGAGUCACUUACGUUGUACUUGAUGAAGCUGACAGAAUGUUUGACAUGGGGUUUGAGCCUCAGGUUAUGCGCAUUGUAGACAACGUCAGGCCUGACCGUCAGACUGUCAUGUUCUCUGCUACUUUUCCCAGAGCUAUGGAGGCCCUGGCUCGCAGGAUCCUCAGUAAACCUAUAGAGGUGCAGGUUGGAGGCAGAAGCGUUGUCUGUUCUGAUGUGGAGCAACACGUGAUUGUCAUAGAAGAGGAGAACAAGUUUCUGAAGUUACUGGAGCUACUGGGACAUUAUCAGGAGAAAGGAUCCGUUAUCAUAUUUGUAGAUAAGCAAGAACAUGCUGAUGGGUUAUUGAAAGAUUUAAUGAGGGCCUCUUAUCCUUGCUUGUCUCUUCAUGGAGGUAUUGAUCAGUAUGACAGGGACAGCAUCAUUAAUGACUUCAAGAAUGGAACCUGCAAACUUCUGGUGGCCACGUCUGUAGCAGCGAGGGGCUUGGAUGUGAAGCAGCUGAUGCUGGUGGUCAAUUACAGCUGUCCCAACCAUUAUGAGGACUAUGUGCACCGAGCAGGCCGCACUGGGCGAGCUGGCAAUAAAGGAUAUGCAUAUACAUUCAUUACUGAGGAUCAGGCACGUUAUGCUGGUGAUAUCAUUAAGGCUUUGGAAUUGUCUGGGAAUCCAAUUCCUACUGAUUUGGAGAAGCUCUGGGCUGACUUCAAAGACCAACAGAAGGCUGAGGGAAAAUUGAUUAAAAAAAGCAGUGGAUUCUCUGGCAAAGGUUUUAAAUUUGAUGAAACAGAACAGGCUUUGGCUAAUGAAAGAAAGAAGCUACAAAAAGCAGCUCUUGGCUUGCAAGAUUCAGAUGAUGAAGAUACAGCUGUUGAUAUUGAUGAACAAAUUGAAAGCAUGUUCAAUUCAAAGAAAAGAGUAAAAGACAUGGCAGCGCCAGGAACAUCAAAUGCUCCUACACCAUCAGCUGGGAAUGCAGAAAAAUUGGAAAUUGCUAAAAGAUUGGCCUUGAGAAUCAAUGCCCAGAAGAAUCUUGGAGCAGAGGCACAAGUCAUGGUUCCCUUCCACUUUAAGGAUGUGAUGCAGCAGGCUACAAAUGCUAUCCUGAGAGGAGGCACAAUUCAAGCUCCUACUGUGUCUGCCAAGACCAUUGCAGAGCAACUGGCUGAAAAAAUCAAUGCCAAGCUCAAUUAUGUACCCAUAGAGAAGCAGGAAGAAGAGAAACAGGAUGGAGGACAGAAUGAAUCCUUCAAGAGAUAUGAAGAAGAGUUAGAGAUCAAUGACUUCCCACAGACUGCCAGAUGGAAAGUUACCUCCAAGGAAGCACUGCAGAGAAUCAGUGAAUAUUCUGAAGCUGCCAUUACAAUCAGGGGAACUUACUUCCCUCCAGGCAAAGAACCCAAGGAAGGAGAACGAAAGAUUUAUUUGGCUAUAGAAAGUGCCAAUGAACUGGCUGUACAGAAAGCAAAGGCAGAAAUCACACGACUUAUAAAAGAGGAGCUCAUCAGAUUGCAAAAUUCUUACCAACCUACCAACAAAGGAAGAUACAAAGUUCUAUGAGCAUUUGGAGUUAUCUGUCUGCUAGCAGCUGUCAAUAAGCUACUGGGACAGGCAAGACUGAUGUUUUUGAGGUCUCAUCCCCAUAACCAGUAGGAUUCAUGAUGGACUCUACUCCUAAACAUUUAACUCGUCUGCUCGUCUGGAGCUGAAGCAGUAGCAAUUUGAAUUGUCUCGUUCUAUCAGCUGCAAGACUUUCAAGAUGAUGACUUUGAAAAGGACUUUCUUAGAAAGCUUUUCUUACCUGACACAUUGAGAAGAAAUGUGUCAUUUUAAACCAGCUGUGUAACCAGCUUUAACCCUGGUGAAGACAAAUCAUACAAUCAGCAUCAUGGCUGUAUAAAUUCGCAACUUUUAUUUCCAAACUUCAGGUAAUUUAAGUGACUCUUUGUGUUUGCAUUACCACUGUCUGUUACCGUGUCAGUGUACCUUAUUUGCAGUACAGGGAAGAAGGAAAGGAAUGACUAUACCAGCUUAACAGUCUACUUUUAGGAUAAGAGCACUCCUAAUGUAGUACUUGCCAGUAUUAAUACAUAAGAGUAGGGCAGGGAGGAGCAGCACACAAAGUAACACUUCUCAAAACAGAAAUCCCAAGCUAAAACUCUGUGAUUACAUUUAAAUACAUCAGUUUUCAUUCCCUUAAGAACUGGGGUUUGAUGUCUUUCCUAAAAAUUCUUUGUUGAAUUGUCUAACUUUUGGACAGUGUCACUUCCCAGAAGAAUGACACGUUUUGUAUAUUUAAUGAAGAGCACUGUGGAGUUUGGACAACCUGACAAUUUCUUUAAAAAUCUUGGUUCAAAAUGUUCAUACAUUGAUAUCUCCUAUAAAAGGCAUGAUGGAGACAUGUUUAUUGGAUUUCAAAGAUGCAAAAAUGUAUAAUCUUUAACUUCCUGGGGGUUUUAAAUGCAAUGUCAAUAUUCUUAUGUUUUUUUAAUUCCAGCAAAAAUAAAAGCAAUUUCAAUGUAUGUUUUUCA